AUGGAGGCUCGCGAAGAGCCCCAGCCCGAGCGCCUGGGCCGGGCGGCCACCGCCGGGCGUCGCGGACCACCCUGCCUGCCGCUGUCCGACUUCCGAGAGGAGCUGCGGGAGCUCCUGGUCCUGGCGGGUCCCGCGUUCCUGGCUCAGCUGAUGGUGUUCCUCAUCAGCUUCGUAAGCUCUGUGUUCUGCGGCCACCUGGGGAAGCUGGAGUUGGAUGCUGUCACACUUGCCAUCGCUGUUAUCAAUGUCACCGGUAUCUCCGUGGGGUUUGGCUUAUCUUCUGCUUGCGACACCCUCAUCUCCCAGACGUUUGGGAGCCGGAAUCUGAAGCACGUGGGGGUGAUCCUGCAGAGGGGUGUGCUCAUACUGCUUCUGUGCUGCUUCCCCUGCUGGGCACUCUUCCUCAACACCCAGCAGAUCCUGCUGCUCUUCAAGCAGGACCCGGAUGUGUCCAGGCUUACCCAGACCUAUGUGAUGAUCUUCAUUCCUGCUCUUCCUGCAACCUUUCUUUAUACAUUACAAGUUAAAUAUUUGCUCAACCAGGGGAUUAUACUGCCCCAGAUCAUCACGGGAGUUGCAGCCAACCUCGUCAACGGUCUCACCAACUAUGUGUUUCUCCAUCAGCUGCACCUCGGGGUGAUGGGCUCAGCACUGGCAAAUACCAUUUCCCAGUUCGUCCUGGCUCUGCUCCUCUUUCUGUUCAUCCUCUGGAGAAAACUGCAUGUAGCAACCUGGGGAGGGUGGUCCUUCGAGUGCCUGCAGGACUGGACCUCCUUCCUCCGUCUGGCCAUUCCCAGCAUGCUCAUGCUGUGCAUUGAGUGGUGGGCCUAUGAGAUCGGGAGUUUCCUGAGCGGUAUCCUUGGCAUGGUGGAGCUGGGCGCCCAGUCUGUGGUGUACGAACUGGCAGUCAUUGUCUAUAUGAUACCCACAGGCUUCAGUGUGGCUGUCAGCGUCCGGGUGGGGAAUGCGCUGGGUGCUGGAAACAUUGAGCAGGCCAAGAGGUCCUCAGCUGUCGCCCUGGUGCUCACAGAAAUCUUUGCUGUAACCUUAUGUGUCCUGCUGUUAAGCUGUAAGGACCUCAUGGGGUAUAUUUUCACUACUGAGCGAGAAAUAAUUGCUCUGGUGGCUCAGGUGAUUCCGAUUUAUGCCAUUUCCCACCUCUUCGAAGGUCUUGCUUGCACAAGUGGUGGGAUUCUGAGGGGAAGUGGAAAUCAGAAGGUUGGAGCCAUCGUUAAUGCCCUUGGGUAUUACAUCAUCGGCCUCCCGAUUGGAAUAUCACUGAUGUUUGCUGCUAAACUGGGUGUGAUCGGUCUGUGGGCAGGAAUCAUCAUCUGUACCAUCUCUCAAGCUGUGUGUUUUCUCGGCUUUAUUGCUCGGCUAAAUUGGAAAAAAGCCUGCCAAGAGGCUCAGGUACACGCCAACUUGAAAGUCAGCAUGGAUGGUACCUCUCCUCUCUCUCAGGAACCCCUUUACCCAGCGGACCCUGAAAGCCAUGGAGAAAUUUUAAUGACAGAUGUGGAAAAAAAAGAUGAGACUCAGUGGGCACAGCAGAUGCACCAGGAAGAGCAUCUCACGGACACCCAGCCGCAGGACUCAGCCAAGUUGUCCAGGAGACAGCUGUUGCUGCGACGAGGGCUCCUGUUCUUGGGGUUCACUUUAGUGUUACUGGUGGGGAUUUUAGUGCGAGUGUAUGUCAGCAUUCAGUGAUGUGGAGAGACAGAGUCACUUCAGGUGGGCUUAUCAUUCAUAGUGAAGAACUAGUGGUGGCGAUUUGUUUUUAGUAAACUUAAUUCAACUGGAUUUUAAGAACUGAGAGUUCAAAGAUAAACUUUCGAAUGAAGGACCAACAUGUGCUCGUUCAAGGCAAUGUCUGGAAGUUUACAUUUGAGUGAUCAUCCAUCCGUCACUGUCUCAACCAUGGACCACUGUGUACUGAUGCGUUCAUCUUCCUGCAUUGAUAUUUCUUCUAUAUAGUUUUUUUUUUUUUAAGAUACGAACCAAUAUACUGAGU